GAGUUGUUGUUUGAUCGGCUUAUGUUGAUCUGGUUGCUAACGUAAUCCAGAGUAAAGCAGAGGAGCUUUUGUCAGUUCCAGAAAGGAAAAGAACCAAUCAUUUCGAGGAAUUUUUGGGUGGAUUUGUUAGUUGUGAUGGCGUUGGGGAAGUCCUAUAGUUCUAAAUUGAAGCGCAGUCGCUUGAAUCCUUCGAACUUAGUUUCGAUAGACGAAAACUUAGUGCUUGUUCACUGUACACGAGCAAUGGGAAGGAAAAGGAUUGUUGUUACAAAUUGUUUGGCUAUGGAGACAUUGGCUUCUAGUUCUCAUUUCAAGACUCCAUUAAAAAGGCGUCGCCGUAUGGGAAUGUGCAGAGAGAAUGAGACGUCUCUUCUCGAAGCCUUGCCACAAGACAUUCUGGUUCGUGUACUCUGUUGUGUAUGUCAUGAUGAUCUGAAGCAGCUCAUCCAAGUAUCGAAGUUGAUCAGAGAUGCGACUUUGAUAGCAAAGCAAUCUCACUUUGCUUACAGUACUCCACGAGCGAAGAUAACCGGUUUAAGAACUUCGAUUGAUGGCGAUUUCGAGCACGAAAGUCCUGAAGCACCAAAUGCUCCUAGACAGCAAAGGUGUAACAGGUCACGAAUCAGCGGGAAGAAGCUAUCUGAUAUAAGCGUCGCCUUGUUCCAUUCGCCGGAGGAUGAGCGGUGGUCGAGGGAUGCAUUGUUCGACUAAACAGGGGGAUUGAGUGAACUGUAAAUGCAAUUGUUGUGUGUAGUUAACCACCAUUGACAGCUGAGUCAGAGAGGUUGGGAUUUGAUUUUGGUGAUCAGAUCACAUAGCCUGUGUAUGUAGAAAACACUCAAUGCAAGCUGUUGUUCUUCAAUUCCUUCAUUGAAGAUAAAAAGAGAGGAUUGCUUGCUGAUGUGUUGUACUUAUACGAAAAUUGAAGAUCUUUUGGGAAGGAAU